AUGGAGAGUAAAAAAAAUUGUACAAUUUUUUCCUUGUAUAGUGAUAAUAAGAACCAAAAAGGAACAUUACGUUAUAUUUCUUUUAAAUUCAUUUGCUUAAGUUUAUAUGUAAUUGGAUUUUACUAUGUUUUUCUAAAUACAUCCUUAGAAAACAAGGGCUUACAAAUUGUUAAUAUUAGCAAUGUAUAUGAACGAAAUUUAGGUGAGGCACAAAAAAAUAGUAACGGUACACAAAGGAAAAGAAAUUUAAAAGUUAAAAAUAAAGACGUAAAUAAAACACAAUCUAAUGGAAAUAUUAAAAGUAAUGAAGAAACAGUAGAGGAAAAUAAAGAUUGCACUAACAAUGAUAUCGAGAAUAAGAAUGUGGAAAAUAAAAGUAAUAGUUCUAUGAAUAAUAUAAAUUAUAAUGAUAUGUCAAAGAAUUUAACAGAAAAGGAAUUAUUUGAUGUAUUAAAUUCAUUAAAAGAAUGUCCACCCAAAGAAGAUCUUAGAAAUUUGUGGACUCAUACAGUUGGUAUUGCAAAAGAAGGUUGGGAUAAUAUAUAUAAACCGUUAAAGGCAUCAAUACAGAAGUAUUUAGAUAAUGAUUUUAAAAGUCUACUAUUACUAAUUCAGCCCGUAAGGUAACAUUUCGAAACAUUAAAAAAACAGUUAUAUGAACAACACCAAAAGGAACUCUUAAAUAAUGUUGAACAAGAACGUUGUAGAUAUGAACCACUUAGACGUUCUAAAUAA